UUUAAUUUAAUUUAUCUAUAAUUAUUCUACAGGUUAUGCAUAAUAUUUAGGAACCUGGAUAAUAUACAUUAUUAUUCUUUAGUGUUGCACGAAUUGUUGUAAUCUAGCAACACAGAAGAGUAACUCAAAUUUGAAAAUAUCAAUUCAUCAAAUAUACAUAUAUUUUUUGUGAUCGCUGUUUAUUAUACUUAUUUUUUUAAAUCCUUGGAAUAUGUCGGAUAUAAUGGAAUUAUCUGACGAUAUCCGUGAUAUAUUUUGUAAAUAUAAGGAGAAGCAAAAGGCAGACCUUUUUCGAACACUUAAUGACGUAAAAUGUUGUGAAUGCGGCCAUCAAUCACGUAUGCGGACUGUUCAAAAUAAAGUAUCCAUCUAUCGGAAAAUGACAAUUUUUUAUCAAUUGAUUUUAUCCAUUUUAACCGUAUUGCUUUUGAUGGCCUUUUACGCAUUAUGGGCUGCCAGACGUUAUAACCAUGUACGUCUCUUUGGAACUAGCGCCUGUGCCUCCACUUUUUUGUGGACAUAUGACGACUGCACUGUAGCUCAUUAGAUUAUUAUGUUGCUUUACUGGAUACAAAAAAAACAAUGUAUUUCUA